CUGAUGAAGUGGUUCGUUCUUGUGCUUUAGCGAGCGCGUGGGUCAAACGACAAACAGCCCACCCGUGCAGCAAAGCAAACUUCGAGCAAUACAAUCAGUUAAAGUGAUCCGAGUAUUAUACUAUCUCAUACACACCUGAAGAAGGUUUGAACUCGAGCAAGCACUGCGGCGUGCAUGUCACUGCGCAUUCGCGUAAACGCCUCUGGCUUGAUAGCAGCAGUGCGCCUAAACUCAGCAUGGGCUGCGGCGCGAGCACUCAGCACGGCGGCAAGGCCCCCGUCUCGCCGUCCCCAGCACCGCAGCCGCUCGGCAGCAACGCAAACAGCACACGCGCGGCCCAGACUCCGCCGGAUGGCGUAACGCAGCCCGCACCCGGAGAGCAAUCUCUACACGCCUCCAAUGAAUGUAUCACGACUCCAUUUGAAGUCUCAAACCCGCAGGGCCUACCGGCGCCCAAGGAGGAAGACAUCACAGCCAGCCAAACCCCUCCACCCGCCACGUCACCACCGUUAGUGGCUGGAUCCGACCUGGAGCCCGCGGCUAUGGCGGCGGCACUGGAUGCAGGCGCAAACACGGGUGCGGGCAUCAAGGGGGAGACAGCGGCGCCGAAGGCUGCUGCCUCCUGCACCUCGACGGAAGGAGGAGCGCCGGCGCCGGCGCCGGCGGCUAUCAGCGACGCUGUGGUGACAAAAGAGGCGCCGGAGGCGGCACCGGAGGCGGCUGGCAACGAAAGUGCUACGGCAGCAAAGGCUGCUGCUGCUGCUGCCCUGUCGGGCUACAGCGGUCGGCUGCAGCUGCGGCACACCAUGUGCCUGCAGGGCCACCCGACCAGCUGCAGCCGCUGCCCGGGCGAGCUGCCGGCAGAGGGGCGGGAGGAGCUGUUGGAGCUGAUGCAGGUGUGGCACCGCGACUGGCACGGCUUCCCCGCCUGGGACGCAGUGCUGAAGACGCGGGAGGUCCUGAGCGAGGCGCAAGCCCCCCAGUCAUCAGCCGCCGGCGGCGCCGCCGGCGGCAAGGCCGCUGCUGGCACAAAGCAGGAGAAUGGAGGUGGGGACGCCGGCGGCGUGUGGGCCUCCCUCACCAAUGCGGAGCGCCGGAUGAUGUGUGAGGUGACUGCUCUAAACGCGGCAAUGGCGUCGAACCUACAGCUGACGGACUUAAGGAAGGAGGGCCGCGCGGCACUGCACCUGAAGGUCCUGUCGGCGGCGCGCAGCCGCCGUCAGCAGCAACAACAGCAGCAGCAGCAGCAGCCUGCUGCCGCGGCAGCGGCGAGGGAGCAUGCUACAGCCGCCGCGGAAGGCAGCAGUAGCAGCAGUAGCAGCAGCCGAAGCGCUGGGGGCAGCAACGCCUAUUUCGUGGGCGCCAUGUCGCUGUCGAUCUUCCUGUUCGCGCACAAGCUCACGGACGCGCGCGAUGAAAGCUGCCACUUUGGCCUGCUGCACCUCAGCGGCUGCACGGCAGGCCUGAGCAUGCAGCGGGCGGCCGAGCUGAUCGUGGCGCCGGCGCUGGAGGCCGCUGGCGGCGUGAGCUAUGCGGAGGCAUUCUUCUCUCAGUUCAAGGGCUGCACGCUGCUGAAUGCGGAGACAGCAGCGGAGAACAAGACGGUGCAGGAGGAGGUGGGGGAGAAAGAGAAGGUGCAGGAGGAGGUGGGGGAGAAAGAGAAGGAGGAGAGCAGGUCACAGAAGAAGGCGGAGGAGGUGGUGCCGGAGAGCAACACGGGAGCCCAGCCUGCCGAGUCCGAGUCCAAGGGCGGCGGUGCGCCCAAGCAGGGCCCCGUGUUUGUGUUCGUGCCAAACCCCAGCCCCUCCACGGGGCUGUACGGCCUCGUCAUGGCGCUGUACGACAUCCCCCUGCCCACCCCCGACGGCACGGACGUUAGGGCAUGGCUUGAGACAUUCAGCUCGCCGCCCGCGUCUUGGAGCCACCGGGAUGAAGCCGCCGCCACCGCGGCCGCCGGGGCCGCCGCCGCCGCCGCGGCAUCGAAGCCCGGAGGCCGGGUGGUGCUGUUCACGGGCACAGGCUGGCCGCGUGUCGUGCAGGACGACACCAGCGGCGGCGGCGAUGAAAAUGAUGGCGUUGAAGCGGCGACGCCGGGUACGGAGAUGGCUGCGGAUGCGGAUGCGGCGGCGGCGGUGGCGGCGGCGGAGCAGCAGGCGCAGCGGGUGCUGCUGCUGCCGCCGUGUCUGACGUCAGCGGCGAGUGUGGGGCAGGUGCAUGCGGCGGUGUCACGCGGCCUGGUGCCCCUGUUGGCUGUGGACUGGUUACACUUGGGCAGGUAUGGCUUCCCCGGGAACUGGGUGGUCAGCAUGGACCACCGCCACGCCUUCCACCACGCAUGGAAGGUGCGGGCUCAGGCGGUGGCCGCUGCCGCCCGGACCGUCGCCGCGGCGCCCGAGCCGCCGGCCGCCCUGCUGGAGGCGGCGGCGGCGGCGGCGGCGGCGGGAGGCGCUGCAGGGCGCGGCGGCGGUGGACUGAGGGCGGCGGAGCUGUGGCGGCGGUAUCAAGAAGUCACCGCCGAGUUCCGUACCUCAGUCGACAUGCUCCUGGAGGCUGCACACGCCGCCACCCUCGUCUUCCGCUCCACUGACUGGACCUCCGGCCCCGCCAACACCGAGCCCCUGCAGCGCCUCCCGCCGCCGCCGCCACCGCCGCCGCCGGGCGGGGCCACGUUGCUCGUGACGCGGGUGUUACACGUGGAGGUCCCGGCCGAGGGCCAGGAGGAGGAGGCGGCGGCGGCGGCGCAGAUGCAGGGGUUGGGGCUGCCGCCGGGCCGUGCCGUCGUACUGGCACUAACCCUGGACACGCAGGAACUCCCCUGUCCCGCCGACAUGACCCAGGCGGAGGCGGAUGACGUGGUGGCUGCCUGGGCCACCCACUGGCGCUGCCUGCCCGACUGGGGCACAGUGCUGCGCGUGCGCGGUGCCUGUGGCGGCGGCGACCCCGGCGGCCUGUGGGCCCGGCUCGACAACGACCGGCGGCGGUCCGCGUGUGAGCUGGCGCUGCUGUACGGCGACGCGGCGGCGGCAUGGGUGCCAAGCGAGGCGGUGGUGGCGGCUCGCAGGGAGGUGUCUAGCACGGGCGCGUUCGUGAGUCUGGGCUUUCUGGACCGAUUCGCCAAGAUGCACGACCUGCGGCAGGAGCAGAAGCAUGGAGCGCAUCCGACCAGCCGGGGCCCGCCGCUGGGCUGCUUCCCUGGCGGCGGCCGGUCCGGUGCUCCCGUGUGGAGCCCGGCCGGCGAGAUCUACAACGCCACCACCACCUGGGUGUGCGCCAACAUCGUGCUGCCAGCCACCAAGGGCUACGGUAUGUCGUACCACGACCUGCUGCUGAGCCCGGAGGCGCAGUCCCGCCUGCGGCCCGGCGAGGACGCCUACGGGGUGGAGGCGGGGGACGUGAGCACACGCGCCUUUGCCAGCCAUGCAUGGGCCACUCAGUUCCUGGAGUUCGCGGGCGCGCUCGCCACCAACGGCCAGACCACUGGCUGCAAGCACUACUGGAUAGACAUCUUCCACAAGAACCAGUGGCAGGGUGUGCGCGAGUCGGACCUGAGGGACAACCUGCUGCUGAGCGGGCAGGUGGCGCUGGUGGUGCACCCCUUCCCACAGCCGCUGGCGGUCACACGGGUGUGGUGUUUGUACGAGCUACUGACGGCGCUGGAAGUGGGGGUGGACAUCACGCCCGCCCGCUCCGCUGCCGCCCUGGAGGGCUUCAUCCGCUGCAUGUGGGUGCGCGAGCACGAGUACGACUUCUCGCCCAGCCAGGUGACUCCGGCGGUGCGGGCGGAGGUGGCGGCGCUGGACGUGGCCACCGCGCAGGCCACCAUGCCGGCAGACAAGGACAUGAUUCUGGGCCUCAUCCGCAACGGCAUCGGCAUUGAGCAGAUGAACGCGCGCGUGCGGGAGCUGUUCCUGGAAAUGGUGGAGAAGGUCAUCAAGCCCCAGGUCGACAGUCACAUUUCUGAGGCAUCCGGCAGUAUCUGCUUCGGCGGUGACGGUAUUGUGUGGUGCGUGGAGGUCCCGGAGGCGACGCCGCAGACGGCCGCGGAGAGCGGGGAGCAGCGGAGGGAGCAUGGGAAGGUGGCGGCGGCGAUGGCGGCCGGCCGUGCUGAGCAGUGGCGCCGCUACAGCCACGGCCACAGCUACAGCCACAGCCACAGCUGUGCUAGCCGGGUUGUGCGGGCCGCUGCUGGGCUGCUGGGGCGGGCGGCACGGCGCCCACGCGGCAAGGCGCGGUGCCAGGCGGCGCGGGGCCUCGCAGUGGCGGCAGCCCCCGCUGGCGGCGGCGACCGCGGCGGCGGCGGCGUGUGUGGCGGUGGGAGGAAGAGGCGCGGCGCCGGGUGCCACGUCCACACGGUGGGUGCAGCCGCUCUGGCGCUGGCAGCAGCCGAUGACGCCGCCGCCACCGCCAGCGGGGCCGUCGGCGCGGCAGGCGGUGGUUGCACGCCGCCCAGGCGAGCAGCAGCAGCAGCAGCAGGAACACCAGUAGUGGCGGCGACGGCGACGGCGGCGGCGGCGGUGCCUCGGCGCGUGGCGGCGCUGCGGCCGGGCGACCGCAUCCUGACCGCUGACGGCGGCGUGAGCACUGUGGUGCUUGUGACCGUGGACCCCGUGUGCCCCGUGAUGGGCAUGGAGUUGUGUGAGCUGCCCACACCCCUUUGCGGCGGCGGCCCCGGGGGCGUCACCGCUGGCGGGACCGGUGGCGGAACCGGUGGCGGCGACGUCAUGGACGGCGAUGCUGAGGGAGGCACGGGUGGUGGUGGUGGCGGCGGUGGCAGCCUGUUGGUGACGCCCGACCACCCAGUGCGGGUGGGCGGCGUGUGGCGGCUGCCGAGGGAGCUGGCGCCCGUGCGGAGGCUGCGUGCAGAGCAGGUGCCGUACGGGGCCGUGUACAACCUGGAGCUGAAGCCGCCGGGCCCGCUGUGUGUGAGCGGGCUGGCGCUGGUGGCGCUGGGGCAGGACAGCAGCGCCGAGCGGCGGCAGGGCGUGGACCCCGCCAGUGACGCCCUGUGGGGCUGGGGCUGGCGGGAUAACCCGGACAGGGCCAGGAGGCUGGAGGCGCAGGCGCGCAGGGAGGCGGCGUGGCGGUCGGGGGAGGUGGAGGGGGUGGGGGUGGAGGAGGCGGGGGCGGGGGGCAGGGUGGCGGGGCUGGCGAGGGCGGUGUAGCGUCUGGUCGCGCGGCGGCGGUGUCGGCGGUGGCGGUGGCGGCAGCAGGGGAAACAGUGCAGGGGGCAGAUGGGCUGAUGUCACAGCCGUGUGUGGAAGGAAUGAGUGGGGGCGAAAAGCCGAAAACUGGUAUGUGUGCAUGGGAGGUGAGGGGCUCAGGAAGCAGGGCGGGGCUAGUGGAGGCAGGCCGCACUUGCAGGACUGCAAGUGAUGUACGGUUUGUGAAGCAGGCGCAGCACUCGUGUGCGGUGUGCCUGACACAGACUGACUGACAGAUGAUGUUUGUGAAGGGUUUGCGGUACUCGGGUGUUGAGUUGAUAAGCUU